GGCAAGCUGCCUGGCCCGGGACGCACCCCAGCCGGCUCGAGUGAGCUGCUGCCCCGGAAAUGACGCGCUGCCACGCUGGCCGUGCGGAAGUGGAGAUGGCGGAGCUGUAUGUGAAGCCCGGCAACAAGGAGCGCGGGUGGAACGACCCGCCGCAGUUCUCAUACGGGCUGCAGAUCCAGGCUGGCGGACCCAAGCGCACACCCCUCACCAAGAGAGUCGCCGCCCCCCAAGAUGGAUCCCCCAGAGUCCCCACUUCAGAGACUUCUCCUAGGCACCCACCACCUUUGAGUAAGGCUCCCAGGCCCCCAACUGUGGGGAGUUGUCCUGUUUCCAGUGUGGAACUCACAACUUUCCCAGUCAUCGACUCUGAGGCUCUAAUGGAGGAUGUGCUGAGACCUUUGGAACAAGCACUGGAGGAAUGCCGUGGCCACACGAUAAAACAGGUAUGUGAUGACAUCAGCCGACGCCUGGCACUGCUGCAGGAACAGUGGGGUGGAGGGAAGUUGUCAAUGCCUGUGAAGAAGAGGAUGGUUCUGCUGGUGCAAGAGCUCUCAAGCCACCAGUGGGAUGCAGCAGAUGACAUCCACCGCUCACUCAUGGUUGACCACGUGACUGAAGUCAGUCAGUGGAUGGUGGGAGUUAAAAGAUUAAUUGCGGAAAAGAAGAGUCUGUCUUCAGAGACAGAGGCCAGUGAAGAGAAAUCUGCAGCCACAGCUGAGGAGAACCAGACCAUACCAGGCUUCCCACAGACUCCAUAAUCCUGUGGGUUCCCAAGACUCAUCUCACAUCAUCUCCUAUGCAUUGGAAUGGAGGCCUUCUCUCACUCAGUUCCCUCUUACCACCAGGAAGAGUGUCUGUCCUAUUGGGCCUGACCCAUCUCUCUAGGAAGAGGUCCCACCUGGGCCACAGGAAGACAUCUGUUACCCAUAACAUAUGCACUUCAAUAAAAACAUCUCAGUGGUAGGCCCUGGGUAAGAGA